AUGGCAGGCCCAUUUGCACUCCCUGUGCCAGCCUGGCGCCUGGGGCAACAGUCGCAGAGAAAGCGCAAGAGAAUUGAGGAAACCCAGCCUGAGAGGUCUCCGUCACCCGAGGCCGACAACACACCGACACCCUCACAUCUACCCUCAGAUUCCAUCAAUCCGCUGAGUCAUUCUCCAAGCACACUGCGUCAGUUUGCGGUGGCGGGGCUUUCACCAGAAGAAGAGGUUCCGUCCAAGAUCUACCCCGGCUUUCCUCACAAAUCCCUCCCUCCGGACUGGCGCUCGGGAGACAGUCGUGGCCGACGAAGCAGGACUAGGAGCAGAAGCAGGAUGUCGGCUAUUGGCAGUGGAUCCGAGGCGGACGUCGACACGGAUGCUUCAGAGUCUCACAGACGCAAGGAGGAAGAUGUGCUCACCAGCUCGUCGGCGCGAAUCAAGCACUUGAACACCAUGAUGGCCAUCCUCCACCGUUGCCUGCACGCUGGGGACAUCACCCGCGCCAAACGUGCCUUCAGCCUGCUGAUCCGAACAAAGGAUGUCGACAUACGCCUCAACGAGAUGUGGACGAUCGGGACGGAGAUCCUGAUGCGGGAUGGGGAGGAGCAGCGCCGCGAAGAGGCUUCACGUCUGGAGCAGGGCAGCACAGGGGUCGAGGACGAAGACAGGUCUGAUCCCACAUCCAAUUCACCAGCGCGCUGGGGCUCGGCAUCCAACAUCGACAAAGUCCGCUCCUACCUCGAAGGCCUCAUCCAGCAGCAUCCUUACGACCCGCACCUGACGCGCUUGACCAGCGCCGUCGACUUUUGGCCGGCGCUGUUCAGCAUCGAGAUCUACAACAUCGACGCUGAGUGCCGGCGGGCUCUGCACCGCCUCGACCAACAGUCAGAGUCAGCGGCUGCUGACGACGACAACGAUUCGGAGCCUCCUCCCUUGUCGCCUGGGUCUGAGGAGGACCCCGAGUCGCAGAUCCAGCGUCGCGAGCAUGGCCGUAGGGAGGUACACUGGGCGGGCCGCGACGAAGUCCGGUCCGAGGCGCAGACGGCCGCACAGCAGAUCGCGGCGAGGAUGGACCAGUUGAUGGAGAAUGCGCCGUACGCGACGCACGUCGAGCUGCUCCGGCUGAGAGGCAUGCUGGCCCUGUGGCUGGGGGAUUUGUACCUGUCGUCGCGGUUCCUGGACACCAACGGGCUGGAGGACAGGCUUCAGGGGCUCUCACUAAGCGGCACCGUGCACAGAGACGUGAGCGACCGGGACCGGGACGCCCUGAGACAGAGGGCGGAUGAGCUGGAGAAGGCCAGGGGUUUCUUCGAGAGACUCAUGGAAAAGGGGGGCGAACUGGAGCCCUGGCUACUCAAGUUCGUGGACCCUGACGAUGAAAGGGAUGGCGAUGUGUCUUCUUUGCUGUCGUAG